CUUCUUGACACUGCGUUCGGAUCUUGAAGCUGCUUUAGACGCAAACUAUCGGCUAAAUGACGCUCUGCUGGAGGAACUGAAAAGUCAAGUCCUAGCCGCGAUUGAGGCCGACGCGCAAGCUGUGGAAUUAGCUGUGGAGACACCAAGUCGUGCAAGUGAGGGGACAGAAGUAACGACC